CUGAAGUGACGUCUAUUUACAAUCCUGUGUGAACAUAUUGCACGAGUAAAAUCUUACAGACUGUCUAAAGCGGUUAAAGAGGCCUUCAAAGAUGAGGAGGAACCUUUUUCCAACCACCGUAGAUGAACUGAUUAGUCCAUGGCACAAGUCCUAACACUCCCUCGCUCUGUUCUUCGCUGGGGCCCUCUAUGGGUAAGAAGCAUGUGUUCACAAGAAGAACAAGCUCGUGCCAUCUUUGCUGCCGCUGUGGAGGGAGUGCAGCCGGACAUUAUAGUGCGCAGAGCAUUACAGCGACGGGUCGAUGAGCUAGUGGUGGCCGAGCACGGUUUCAAGCUCCGUCAUAACCUGUAUCUUGUUGGUUUCGGGAAAGCUGUGCUGGGGAUGGCUGCAGAGGUAGAGAGGAUUGUGGGAGAUCACCUGGUUCACGGAAUAGUUAGUGUGCCUCAUGGAAUUGAAAAAACACUGCGGCAUCACAGGAAGCUGAAUAUGUUGCCCAAUGCCAGAAGUAAAAUCAAAGUGAUGGAAGGAGCUAAACACAACAUGCCAGACACAGAUGCCCAAAAAUCAGCAGAGGGCAUCAGAGAACUCGCCAGCAAUCUUACAGAAAGGGAUCUGCUGCUUGUCCUCAUUUCAGGUGGCGGAUCUGCUCUACUACCUGCUCCGGUCCCACCAAUGACGCUACAGGAAAAACAAGAAGUGACACAUCACCUAGCAGCUGCAGGAGCUACAAUACAGGAGUUAAACACAGUGAGACGAGCCUUGUCAUUGUUAAAAGGUGGAGGUUUGGCCCGUUAUGCACACCCUGCCCAGGUGAUCAGUCUAAUUCUUUCUGACAUUAUUGGAGAUCCAGUAGAUCUCAUAGCCAGCGGCCCAACAGUAUGGACUGAGACGUCACUGGUAGAGGUUUGGGCCAUCCUGAACCGCUACAACCUAUCUGUCACUCUCCCAUUAUCUGUAAAAGAGGUUCUAAAUCAAACUGGUUCCCAACAGAGAAUCGGGCUGAAGGAUCAACCACAGGAAGGCAACAUUCUCAAUGCUGUGAUUGGCUCUAAUGCUAUUGCUCUGGAGUGUGCCAGUUGUAAAGCUCGAGAGUUAGGCCUUCAUCCAGUAAUUCUGUCUCCAGGGGUAUGUGGUAAUGUCCAAGCUGUAGCCCAACUCUAUGGUCUGCUGUCCCGCUUUGCCUCUUCUCCAGAUAAGGAGCCUCCAGAACUCAGGGAUCAGAUUCUCAGACUGGGGCCAGAGGUCGGGGUGGGCAACUGGGAACUUUGUAACACAAUGAAACAAUUAAAAGAGUGCCAGGAAAGCUGCCUUACAACGUGUCUGCUGGCUGGAGGUGAACCCACUGUACAGCUACUGGGGAAAGGCAGAGGUGGAAGAAACCAAGAGUUAGCCCUAAGGGUAGGGCUAGAGCUCAGCAGAGUAGCAGAAACAAGCAUGACCGUGUUCCUCAGUGGUGGAACUGAUGGUCAGGAUGGUCCUACUGAAGCAGCUGGAGCAGUUAGUGAUGGGAACAUAGAAGCAGAGGCCAGAAGUCAGGGACUGGACAUUGACGGAUUUCUGCACAACAAUGAUUCAUUCACGUUCUUCUCAUCCCUUUUCAAAGGGCAGAAAUUGCUCCUGCCAGGGCUCACAGGCACCAAUGUAAUGGAUGUUCAUAUGAUGAUUCUGCCCCCACCGCCAGGACCAAGUAAAUAAUCUCAAGUUUAUGGAAAACUGACUUUAAUAAUCAAAUGAAAUAUAGAUCCAGCUAUCAGGAUUGAAAGCAUCCUACAGUUUGUUUCUAUCUAUGUUUGUCAUCAAGAUAAGAGAAUAUUAUGAUUGUUCUUUAAUUUUAUAGUUGUAAUAUAUUUAGAGCUGUGUAUUAAUUGCUUCAAGACGAAAUUGUGAAUGUACUAAUUUCAGCUUUAAUGGUGACCAAUAAACAACUUAUUUUAAAAUCUCAUAAUGACAGAA